AUGUUGUACUUAACAGUUAAGGCAAUUUUGUCUGAAAAUAUUAAAUCCUUUGGUUUAAAAAGUACUGAUACACCAUCCACUCCAGUUGAAUAUCCAUUUAAAGUUAAGUGCACCUCAUGUAAUGAAAUAAAUGAAUCGUUAAUAACAAUCAAUAAUUACGAAAAACAUGAAGUAAAUAAUGGCAAAGGUGAAGUCAGCUUUAUAUUCAAGUGUAAAUUCUGUGGAAAUCCAGCUUCCAUUAUAAUGAACAAUGAAAAUACUGAACUAUUAUUCAAUGACUGCGAUGAAAAUCAAGAUUUAAUCGAAUCACAAUUGAAAAAACGUGGCAAGAAAAUUAAAGGGAUUAAAAAUAAAGCAACUUUGAAGGAUACAUCAAUUGCUAUAUUUCUACAGUUUGAUUGUAGAGGUUGUGAAAUCAUACAAUUUAUUGAUGAUAAUGUUGAAUUUGGUGUUACUCUUUUUUCUAAUAAUAGUGAAGAAAUCCCCUGUAUUUUAGAUGAAGGUGAAUGGUAUGAUUAUGAUGAGAAGUCUGAACAAGAAAUUUCGAUUACUGAAGUUGAGUGGAAUAUUAUCAGUGGAAAAUGA